AUGAGUCAAAACCCAGACGCUGUUGCCAACCAGGGCGAGUUUGCAGGCCAUGUUAAACCCAGUGAGCCGCUGGAAAAGGGAGGUCACCAACCAGGCAGACUCGUCGGCAACGACGCCCACCCCACAUUCAACGCACAAACCCUCCCCCCAGGCACCGCGCCUCCGUCCUCCACACACGCCCCCAACCCUCCCCUCAACAAUCAAAAAAUGUACCAAGACGCCUCCUCCACCCUCACAGGCGCCACAUCCAGCGACGUGCACAAGGGACUCGGACACCCGGGUCAAGGCCAGACGUCCUCGGAGCUGCACGAGGCGGGGAGCAAGGGACACGGACUGGCGGGGCUGGCGCACGGUGUUGAGAAUACGGGUGCGGGCGAGGGGGUGGGAAGUAUCAAGGAUCUGCCGGCGCAUGCGGCGCAGAGGAAUUUGGGGGAUGUGCCGACGGGGCAGAGGGGAAAUACUGGGGGGCCGCCUGCGGAGGAGAGGGAGAAUGUGAAGAUUGGCGGGGUUUUUGACCGUCGGGAGUCGGUGGAGAUUGAGGCGUUGUUGGCGUCGAGUAUCGUUGUGCUUGUCUCCCCGAUUGUUUUGAUGGAAGGCGAGGGCUGCUGGAAGACACUGGUCGUGGAUUUCCUUGUUGUAGUUUUUGCUGCUAUCGUAAGCCAUGCCGGCUCAUCUUCCACCGGCAUAGGAACACCCGUACCAGCCAUUAUCAAUGGUGUCCACAUCAUAACCCAUAGUGUAGUCGGUACAGCUCUCAUCUUGAUCACAGACGUAUUCUCAAAAUCGGUUCUGAAUAAGUAG